AUGGGCAGCAUCGCGUUCCUCGCAAGCCUGGUGCUGAUAAUUACGUCACGAGAGAUUGUGCGGCGGCGGUUCUACAAGGUGUUCUACUGGGCGCACAGGCUGGGCUUCUGGGUGUUCAUCAUUGGGGGUGUGAUCCACUACAACUCCCUCUUCUGGUGGGCGCUGCCAGGCCUGAUGUUCUACGCCAUCGACUUGGCCUACCGCCUCGUCCAGGCAGCCAGUGCACCAGCGCAGGUCGUGGACGCCUGGGCGCCUGGCGAUGGAAAGUUUGGCGUCACCUCCCUGGUCCUGGCGCGCCCUGUCCACGCGAUAGCCGCGAGCACGGGCAUCCUGUGGCUCAACGUACCCGCGAUUAGCCUCUUUGAGUACCACCCCUUCACCUUCUCUGAAGGGCCUGCAUCAGCCGCCCCCUCCCCUGACGACCGCGCCGUCGGCGCUAAGGACGACACAGCCAAGGGCGCCAGUGACACGGACGCGCCCGUCGACCAGCCGCCUGCAGCCCCGACGAUGCUUGUGCACGUCAAGGCGUACGACGCGUGGACCAGGAAGCUGCUUGAGCUGGUCAGGGAGAAGGGGCCGGCCAUCAGCGUCCGCGUCCAGGGGCCCUACCUGGGUGGGACGCCGGUCCUGCGGCCAGAGGCUGGGGACAACGCCGUGGUGGUUGUGGCAGGUGGCAUCGGCAUCACUGAGUGCCUCGCAACGAUUCAGGAGAUCCCGACUCCGCCCCUUGGCCUCCCGUUCUUGCUCAUUUGGACGGUCCGUCACCCGGAAGAGCUCCUGCUGCUUGCGCCACGCGUCGUCGCCGCCGUGCAGGCCAAGGGUUUCCUCCUGACAGCCCGCUUUUACUACACAGGGGCCCUUGACGAGCUGCAGGCAGCAUCCAAGGGAGGCAGCGAGGAGUUUGCCCAGGGGUCCUACGCCAGCGAGCGGCUGGGCAAGGUGGCGGCUGACCCUUCCAACGAGAGGUCGUCCUCGUCCUGCCCUGUUCUGUCGCUUGGCAGCGGCCUGGGGGCGCAGGCCUCCCUGAAUCUUGCAGUGCACGUGCUUGCCUUUGCAGGAACCCUUGCUGCCAUCAUCAUCAUCCGCGCCGCGUCGGUGACGGGGGCGGCCAAGCCCUGGCACGUGGCCGUCACUGGCACCGCGUACAUCGUCGCCAUCGCGGCCGCUGCCACACUCCCCGUCAUCCUGCUGCUGACGUUCAUCAAGCCACGGCGCGCGACCCCUGCCCCUGUCCUGUCGGCGCCGCCAUGCGAAAACUCCCUGGCACGGGUGGUGGCUGGCAAGCCUGGGGGCUCCAGCCCGGGCCUGAUUGUGCCUGCACUGACGAACCUCAUUGCUGCACCAGACGGCGGCGUGGACAGCGAGCAGCAGAAGGGCGAAGCGUUCGCGCUGCACCUGGGUCGCCCCCAGCUGCGCGCAACCAUAAGCUCGUGGGUGGCCGGCCUCGGGCAGCUGCCGGGAGCAGCUGGCGGCGACGGCAAGGACGGCUCCGGGGCUGGCCUGCAGGUGGUGUUCUGCGGCAUGGGGCCCGAGAGGCUGGUGGAGGAGGCGCAGGUCCUGUGCGACCAUCUGGCCAGGGAGGGCCAUGGCGGCGGCGGCAGGCCGGCCUCAUGGCGCUUUGUUCCCCGCACUCACAGCCUGUGA